UGACGGGUCGAAAACCAGUUUACAACGAGAUAAUAACACCAUUAAGACACAUGGACCACCUACUAGUUAGAACUAAUAUUAUUGGAAUUCUGAUUUUAGUUCUGAUUGUAAUUCUAAGGUUAUGAUUUAUGGUUGGAGAAGUGGGCGUAAUAAUGGAGGGCUUAAGUUAAAUGUAUUUCCUUAUGAUCCUGUACCCCAGGCUGGGACCCUCCAAGCUAGCGCUGGAGAGCAGGUGCUCCAGACAGACGUCAUUUCCACUGGCCAUGAUGGAGUAAGGCUGCCAGCCCUGGGAGACUGCCCCAAGGACAGCCCUCUAAAUGCUAGGACCCUCCAAGCUAGCGCUGGAGAGCAGGUGCUCCAGACAGACGUCAUUUCCACUGGCCAUGAUGGAGUAAGGCUGCCAGCCCUGGGAGACUGCCCCAAGGACAGCCCUCUAAAUAACCUUGUGCCGAAGCCCCCACAAGGCCCCAGGCCCAGCCGAGAGGCCAAUAUACCAAAGGCAGAAAAGAAGGCCAGGGAGGUUAUCAAGGCUAAAAAGUCUAGGGAGGCUAAGUCAGAGGUGAUAUACGUAAGCCGCCAAGUAGUUGGUGUGUUGGCACUGCCUCAAACGCUUCUAUCUCUAACAACCAGUUACAGUGUCCUGCCAGCUAUCAAGAAGGGCACUAAAGUUACUAAAAUGGAGACAACAGAAACCCCAGGUCCCCUGACACCCAAUGAUGGGGAGAUAAUGAUCUCCUCUCCAUCUGUUGAUGACCUCCUGACCCCAAAGAGUGAUGUCACGUCCGAGGCUAAGAGCGAUGAUGCCUCCUGUCCAAUUUCACCUGAGGCGUUCUCUCUAACAAACUUCCUGAAGUCUCACCCUCAGAGAAAGCUUAUCAGGAAGUUCCUCAAACAAAUGAACGUGACAAUAGGCGACCUGGACGAAAUCAUCGAGUGGGUGGUGUGUGUCUCCAGUGAGGUGUUCCUCCCAGUGAUGGCUCUGCACAGGACCUCCAGACCAGAGUCGUCAGACUCAUCCCGCUGGGGGUCAGGUGAGCUCCAGAUUGUCUCUGAAAAGUUCCACCAGCGGAGUUCUGAGCCGAAGGGAAGGCUCCUGGGCGGGCAGCCGCCCACUCCCCCUUCUGAGACCGACAAGGAGCUUCAGGGCAUAACAGAUCUGUCUGUGAGUAACAUCCUGAAAAGGGCCCAGGAGGACCUCUUCUCUUCUGGUGAGGAUGACCUGGAGAACACCCAUCCAGGUAUUACUCUGACAGAAGAGAAGCUCUCCAGCAUCUUCUCAGAGCUGUUCAGGGAUGCCUGUGAGAGUGCCCAGCAGGCCGCCAGACGGAUCCACCACAUGAGGUCUGGAAGAGGCAACAACAGCCAGAAUGGGAGUCGGCCUGGGUCGUCACAGGGAUCGAGCAGAUCCAACAUGCCAGAGUUGGGAGAACUGGGGUCAGUGAGGAGUCCCAAGGGAAGUGACGUCCAUAAAGUCCUUAGCGAGGGGUCCCUCCCUGUCUUUGCCCUGUUUGGGGAGAGGCCAGGGGAAGUUGGGGAGACCAGCAGCCCUGCUGGGGAGAUGGACGAGACCCAGACUGCCAGCACUCCCAGCAUUCCCGGUCUGGGCAUGGCGGCAGAAGGAGAGUUCAGCAGUGAGGAUGAUGUUUCACUGAAUGACAUCAUGGACAUGAAGUCAACCCCGGCAGUGGAGUCCCUGGGUCAGAUCCUGUCCUCAUGGAAGCUGGUCAACAUGAUCUUCAGGGGGAAGGUCCACUACUUUGGGAAGGAGCUCAUCUGCAAGGUGUAUCAGAUGCUUCUGGACACUGGUAUGGGCAGGAGGCCAAUGGCCCGCCAGAGCAGGUCCGAGCCCAUCCUGAAAGACCUGGCUGCCAACCGUAGGCUCUCCAAUGAAUUCUUCACAGACGUGCUGUACAUGUUCAUCCAACGGGCCAUUAAGAAUCUGCUGGAGAACUUCUUGGGUCUGCCGACCACCCCACCAGGUAGAGACAUUAUGUGGAAUGACAACUUUAACUGGAUGUAUAGGGACGGCUGGGGGAACACCCCCACAUCCAGCGAGGAGGAAUUGUGGGACAGCGACUCCACCUGGUCAAGUGGGCAUGGGGAGGAGGAAGGGACAGAGUCCCGUGGGAGGUGGGCCGCUCUGUUGGAGAAGGGCAGCUUCCUGACCUUCCAGUCCUCCAGCUCCCUCUCCCUCUCCGAUGACAACAAGGAGGCACUAGGGGCCGUCUGCCAGGUCCUGACCACCAGGGUGGGAGACAUCCUGAACAGUACCUGCAACGACGAUUGCAAGGCCAGGCUCAUCAUCCAGAAAGGAUUGGAUUCCGGUGCCAGGGAAAGGUUCCCUGACUCUCGGUGUCCCUCUUCACCCAAGGACGAAGAGGAGGUGCUUGUGAGUGCCAUGACUGUCACAUACCCUAAACCCUCCACCUCAACCCAGGCAGCAUGGGCAGCUCCUGCCCAGACUCUGGACGUUUUUCUGCCCAGACCCUGCCUGGAUGAAGAAGAGGUAGUGCCCAGCUCCUCCUUGAAGGACAACUCUGUGACGACCACCCAUGCAGCACUGGCAGCUCCUUCCCAGACCCUGGAAGAAGAGGUGGGAGAAGCUGAGGUGUCCGAUGUGAGUGACAGCUCCCUGAUGCCCACCAAGGCCCUUGAGAAGAUUCCCUCCCUCCUACCAGGCAAGGUCCUUAUCGAGGAGGACACCGUCAGUUGCAGCACUCCCUGGGCCACCGUCAUGAGCCCCCAGACCCUGAAGUUUAUCCUCCACGGCAUCAUGUGCCGACUGGAGGCCUCAGAGUCCCCCCCAGACAAGGAGGGCCAAUGA